GUUAUACGAAAAGAGCUAGUUUGCUUAGCUUUACCAAUAUGGCGGCGCCCAUGAACAGUACCGGUUUGUGAACUAGAAAGUAAACAAUAACGAUUAUUUUGUUUAACCGACCAGCAAUAUGGACGAAGAAGGCCUUGAGCAGUCGCUGGAAAUGUAUCGAACUCAGCUUGCUCAGGUCAGCCAGGCGGUACAAGCAGCUGGUGCAACAGAUGACUUGAUCAAACUGCAGGAGGAUCUCACAGAGCUUAUCAACCUGACACAAGAGAGUUUACUAUCUUUGAAGAAAAGUAAGUUGCUUGCAUCUCUGGAAGCAUCUGCAGCUACACCACCAGCAUCAUCAGGAACAUCCGCAGCGAACACAAUCGAUGAUGAAUAUUCUGCGUUUCAGGCAGCACUUGGAGGGGAUGUAUUUGAUGCUCCUCCAGUUGGCACUUCCAGUGGAUCACCACCACCUACAGGCAACCAACUACAAGGAAAAGAAUCCGACCAAUCAGAUGAUGAAGAAGAGGCAGAUGCUUCAGUUGCAGAGUCUUUCUCAAAACUUGUUGGCAUGAAAUGUCGAGCCCCUUUCUCACAUGACUGGGGUGGCCUUGCUUACCACAAUGCACUGGUGUUUCAAGUGGAGCCCGGCAACACUGAUGACGAAAUACCCAAGGUGAGUGUGAUGUUCUGUAACCCAACCCAUGUGUCUAUGGUGCCCUGCAGAUUCUUCCUGGAUGGUAGAUGUCGCUUCUCAGAGGAAAAGUGCAAAUACUCCCACGGACACCUGGUCAGCAUACAAGACCUCCAGGCAUAUCAGGACCCUGAUUACAGCCAUGUGCAGGUUGGAGGGAAGUGCUUUGCCCGUUACUCGGACGACGUCUGGCAUCCUGCUUCCAUUGACGAUGUAGCAGACGGUGAGGUGACUGUGACCUUCACCUCUCACGGGAACUCAGAGACUCUGGAGCUCCAGGACAUCCUGCCUCAGGAGCAACAUGUUGAUGACAGUCUUCUGUCUGAUGAUGAUGAGGAGGAGGAGGAGCCUUCAACAUCAUCUCAGCCAAUCAAAAGGGAGGAUUCAGAUUCAGAGGAUGACUUGCCUGUGUUUCUAUGGAAACCACCCAAAACAACUGCAGCUUUAGGAGAAUGGGAACAAUACACCAAGGGCAUUGGUUCUAAGCUGAGCAAAAUGGGCUACAUUACAGGUCAAGGUCUUGGGGUCAGAGGUGAAGGUCGAGCUGAACCCGUCCCAAUUCAGCUUCUGCCACAAGGCAAGUCUCUGGAUAAGAUCAUGGAACUGAAGGAGAUCGCAGGAGAUCAGGAUCUCUUUGACGCACUCAAGAAACUGAAGAGGAAAAAACGCAAGGAGGAAAAGAAAGCAGCAUCAGGAACUCCUGUUGUCAGGGAGACACCGCCAAAUGUGUUUGACUUUAUCAACAAGAAGCUGAGGGGAAAGAAAGGUAAUCUGAGUGAGCUUGUAUCCCAUCAUGCAAGUGGCAACAAGUCCAAGACAAGUCAGCACAUCCCGGAAUCAGAACUCCGCAAGAAGUCGGACAAGCACCUCAACAUACAGGCUUUCCAAACAUAUGAAGAGAUUCGUAAAGUGGAAAAGGAAUUGACACGGCUACGUGCUUCUCUUGCACGCAACCAAGACAGGGACAAAAGGGUUGCAGAACAAGUUCGGCAAAAGAUUUCCUCUGCAGAAACCUACCUUGCAAAACUGAGGUCAUCUGAGGUCACCCUGGAAAAACACAAGCAGAGUCGGAGUGACAGCAAGAAACUCAUGGUGUUUUGACGUCUGCUUCUACUUGCUCGACAAACUGCUGCAAGGCUAUUAGUGACAAGAAUGUGCUAUCACAGAUCCAGUGCUGUUGGUGACAAGAAUGUGGUAUCACAGAUUCAGUGCUGCUGGUGACAAGAAUGUUGUAUCACAGAUCCAGUACUGUUGGUGACAAGAAUGUGGUAUCACAGAUCCAGUACUGUUGGUGACAAGAAUGUGGUAUCACAGAUCCAGUACUGUUGGUGACAAGAAUGUGGUAUCACAGAUCCAGUACUGUUGGUGACAAGAAUGUGGUAUCACAGAUCCAGUACCGUCUGUGAUAAGAAUGUGUCAUCACAGAUCCAAUACUGAUUGUGGUGUCACAGAUCCAAUGCUGUUUGUGACAAGAUUGUGGUGUCACAGAUCCAGUACUGUUGUGACAAGAAUGUAGUAUCACAGAUCCAGGACUGUCUGUCACAAGAAUGUUUCAUCACAGAUCCAGUACUGUCCAUAACAAGAAUGUGUUACCCCAUAUCCAGUGUGGCCUGUGUCAAAGAUCCAGUACUGUCCGUGACAAGAAUAUAUGUACCCGCAGAUAUAGAGUACAUAAAAUCCCAAAUAUCAUUGUAUCCCAAUUGCAAAUAUCAACCUGUUCCCUAAAGUAAGAGAAUACCCUAUGAUUGGUCAACUGUACAGAGGAGUAUCUGGUGUUGAAUGAUCAAGAGUUGUCAUAGAUGGUGUCAGGUUGUGGAUGAAGCUAUAAAAGCUAUGAUAACUUAUGCACAGUAUUUUCAUGGGAAGAAAAUAUAUGUUCAACUUGAUACCAUAAUUUGUGAUUUGUGAUUAUACAAAAUGAGCCCAUGUGGGUUCCGGGUUAGGACUUGUUCCGUGCAACCUAUACUCACCUGUAAGAAGUAACGUGGAUUGGAUGGUCAAAUUCAUCCUGGUAUAUAUCAUUACUCAUAAUAUCAAUCAUUAGAUUGUCUGGUCCAGACUUCAUCAUGUACAGGCCACUGUCAGAUAACUUGAAAACUGCUGAUUGCAACCUCAGUUUGCAAAUUGUCAUCGCAACCAAUGAAAACCUACACAAAUUCUUGUCCAUUCGUACCUUAGACAGUAUUCCAUUUGGGUGUACAUGCCAUGGCACUCAGAAAUUACAGGAUGUAUGAAAUAUGAAAUAGCCACAAUAUAAUGGUGCCACUGUACAUGCCAAGUUCAUCUUCUGUUCUACAUCAAUAUGCUAAGAGGCAGACUAUUUUAAAUAAAUGGAAUAUCAGGUUGGUUUUGAAGUUAAUUUUAUAAAUUGAAGGGAAAUAGAAGUUUUCAGCAAUGUACCACUGAAAGAAAAUAAAAAAUAUCAAAUAAC